UUAUGAGGUUUCGAAAUAUGUUUGAAUAAAAAGUGAAUUUAAUAGUGAGAUUAGUGAGUGACUGUCAUCCAGCAAGAUGGUUGAUGAUGUGAAAAAUAUUACGGAAACCGCUGAAAGUAAAGCGCAAGCAGAUGCCAUAGACCGAGCGAGAUUAGCACGAGAAAGACGGGAGGUCGAACAGAGAAAGCGGCUGGAUGAGUUACGCGCGCACGCGGCCGCCGCACAGGCACAACGCGAGAAACGAGACGAAGAGAGGCGGCGGCGGCAGGCGGAGCAGCGAGCGAAAGAUGACGACAGAAGACAACAGGUGGAGGAGCGCAAGCGAGCGAUAUGGGAAGCGUCGAUAUCGAGGCGGGAGGCGUUGUUACAACGCGAAAAGGACCGUACCGAGCGUCUCGAGCGAGCGAGGCAAGCGCGCUCGGCGCCCCGGUCGGCCUUCGCCUUUGGCUCCUCCACACCGCGACUGCUGGAGCCAUUAGAUUCAGCUGGAUUCUUCUGGGCUGCGCGCAGGGCGGCAUCAACAACAAACGUGAUGUUCGCGUCUGCGCCGUUGACGAGACGCGCUUCCGCACUCCAAUUGGACUCGUCUGACAACGACAACAAAGACGAACCGGACCGUUCGCCGCAGCCGGUGAUGUGGUCAUCGGUGGCGCGGCGGCGCACGGACCUGGUGCCGACCAUCCCGGCGCCGCGCGCCCCAGGUAGGGCGUACUCGAUGACGCGGCUCGACAAGAUACCCGCGCAGCGACCAUUACAUUCCGCCUCGCCCUCGAUGCAUCACCUCAACAGGACUCAGUGCCGGUCCGGCGAGACGACGCCGUCCCGGCCCGGCAGCGCGCUGUCCGCCGCCGCCGGAACGCCGCGCGCACGCCACCCCGCGCCGCCCGCGCCCCGCCUCCAUCGCCGGCACCGGCGUCAACACGCCCAGAGGCGGCGUGUUCGAGGCGGGCGGGGCCAGUGCGGCCACCACCCCGAGCGUGUCGCGCGACGGCAGCGUGGUGGGCGCGGGGCCGGACGUGCCGCGCCGCCCGCACGCCGCGCCGCGCCGCCCGCGCCCGCUGUCCCUGCACCAGCCCAACAAGACGCAGUUAACAGUCGCCCCGGGAGAAGGCAAGCCGCCCGUACACAGAAAGCCAAAGCCAUCCAAAGAACACGAUAAGCCGGCGCGCGGUAAAUCAGCGUCGCCUGGUCGCGCGUUGUCUCCACCGCGUUCUAAGGAUUCCAGCGCCGAUCGCGAACUCGUUGCCAAGGAGUCUCAAUUGAACGACAAAAACCAAGUGAGUGCUGUAGAGGUGACACAGAAACUAGAAGCCCUGCAAAUACACAACGGAGAUUCACACGCAUACUUAGAUGAUAAGGUAAACGAAAACAAAGAAAACAUAGUGAACAAUGAAGAAACGAAAAUAGAACAGAACGUAUUAGUAGAUGUUAAACAUAUUGAAGUACAGAAGCCAGUCGAUAAUAAAUUAGUAGAAGUCAUGUCUGAUAAAAAUGAAGAAAUCAAACAAGUGAUGCCAGAAGAAGUCAAACCAGAAAUCAAAGAAGACAGCAAACAAGAUGAAGUAAAGAGAAAGGAAGAUGUAAAGAAAGAGGAAGAAAAGAAGGAAAGCGCACAGGAGAAGACUGAAGAUUCUGAAAUGACAGCGUCGAUGACGGCGCGGCGCAUCACGACGGAGCAGCAGGCGAAGGCGGCGCUGGCGGAGCGGCGGCGGCGCGCGCGCGAGGAGCUCGAGCGGCAGGCCGAGCUGGAGCGCCAGCGAUUACAGCGUGAAGCCGAAGAAGAAGCUGAAAGACAAAGACAAGAAGAAGAGAGACAGAGACGGGAAGAGGAAGAGGCGCGGGAACUGGCCGCGCUACAGCGGCAGAUGCAGGAGGAGAAGCUGAGGAAGGCCAUAGAGGCGCAACAGCAACUCGAGCGCGAAGAAAACGAAAGACGCAUAAAGGAAGAAGCUGAGAAAAAAGCGCGCCAGAAGGAAGAGGAAGAGAAGCGGAAAGCAGCUGAAGAAGCGGAGAAACUUAGGAAAGAAGAAGCCGAACGGGAAGAGAAGGAAAGGUUGCUGAGGAAACAAAGGGUAGAAGCAAUCAUGGCGCGUACCAGGCUUAAAAAGCAAGCGGAAGAGGAGAAAAAGCAACAAGAGAAAGCCUUGUCCGCUGCCGCCCCCGCGCCCGCCGACAACGGCAACAACGUGCCCACCGGUGACUUGCUCAACUUCACACCCGCUCAAGUGGAGGAACAAAUUCCGUCUGAAGUAUCGUCGGCGGCGGCGAAUGUUAGCGAAACUCGCACCGAUAACGGAAACGACGCGCUCGCGCUACCUGAACUACACCA